AUGCCGACGAGCGCGUCGGCGAAGACGCGGCUCAAGCCCUGGAGCGGGUCCAUCGACCCCAAGUUCCUGCUCUUCGGCCGCGGGCCCGACUUCAACGCCACGGGCAACGGCCACGGCGCCGAGCCGGGCUGGUCGGGCAGCCCCGCGCGGCGGUCGACGUCGCCGCCGCGCCGGUCGUCGUCGCCGGUGCGGCGUUCGACGUCCCGCGCGGCGCCGCGGCGCGCGUCGACGGCGAGUGGCCGGCGGCCGGCGCGGGACCCCUGGCGCGGCGGCCACCCCUGGACCGACCGGCCCGCGAACGCCGCCCUCGCGCGGCGGCGGUCCUGGGACGUGCCCUCGUGCGAGUCGGCGCUCAUCUCCUGGGAGGAGUACGCCUACGUCAAGGGCCCGCGCACGGCCCGGCCCCGGACGUCCGACGCGCUCUUCGAGCGCUCGCGCGAGGACGACGGCACCGCGGGCACCGUCGUCACCGCCGCCGCGGCGCCGCGCCGCCGCGAGUGGCCCUUCUGCGCGUCGCGGUCCACGGACCUCAACACGCACUUCAUGCGCGAGAAAAGCGGCGCCAACGCCCUCGUCGCCCUGCGCACGCGCCAGGAGCCCACGCCGCACGUCCCGGACCCGGAGAAGUCGUUCGCGGCGAGCGGCUCGCCGCCGAAGCGGCUGCGCUUCUGGCAGGACCAGGACACGAUCGCGCCCAUCCCCCUCUGGCCGCCGACGGACGAGCGGCUGCCCGCCGUGCUCUACUGCACGGGCGACCGCUCGGACGCCGACGCGCGCGUCGCCCUCGUCUCCGUCACGAAGAAGGCGCCCACGGACCAGUGCGCGCCCGUCCAGCUCUACGACCGCAACAUGACGCGCGCGCGGCGCCUCGCGCGCCGCAUGCUCGCGGGCGACGCGUGA